CCCAUUUCCAGUCCAAGGCCCGCUUCUUUGUGCCUGCAUGUUAAAACAACGUCCGAUAAUAACCCACAUCGCUGAUAAACUAUCAGUUUGUCGCAAGUGUUUGCCAUACAAACUCGUACACAUGUGAACAGGUCUCCACCUCAGCGAUGCCGCUUUAUCCUCCUGCUGUCCCAAUAUCUCCAUCGAGGUGACCUCGCCAUGUCCUCAGACGCCGAACGGCAGUUCUUGUGUCCCCGCCUUAUAGACUACCUGGCUAUAGUGGGGGCACGACCAAGCAAUAAUGUGAGGCAGAGCGCCAGUCCCCCCAUCCAAGCCCCCGAGCUCCUUCGCCGCUACCCAGUCCAGGACCACAAGGACUUCCCCAUGCCCCUCGACAUGGUGUACUUCUGCCAACCCGAAGGCUGCUCCUCCGUCGGUCCUCGCCGGACCGCUCUCAGAGAAGCCUCCUCUUUCGUGUUUACUCUCACUGAUAAAGAUUCGGGAAAAACGCGCUACGGGAUCUGCGUGAACUUCUAUCGACCGGUGGAGAAAGUCUCCGGGGGCAUGGGAGUGGGAGGGCGGCGGGCGAGCACCAACUUGCGACGAGACUCAUGGAGGAAGAGCAUGGAGAAGAGCUCCGAUUCGGCCUUCUCAAGUGAUUAUAGGAGCAGUAACGUGGGACCCAGUGACUCGGAGCGUGACUGUCCGAGCCGGAGGGACUCGGAGACGACGGGGCCAGGGACCAUCCCGACGCCUCGACUGGGAGUGACGGCCCCUUCUAACGACUCGGAGAGCGGCGGGAGCCACUCGCCCUCCCCUAGAGCCAGUCGGAGGCGGCAGAGGGUCCGCAACCAUUCUCUAACCUCGUUAUGCCUUCUCUCCCACCACCCUUUCUUCUCCAUGUUCCGGGAGUGUUUGUUCAUCCUGAAGAAACUUAUAGACGCUUGUAACGAAUCGUCGAAUCCCCGGAGAGUGGGCGGCUCGAAGCAAGUGCCAAGGGAUAACGUGUGGAGCGUGCUAAGCGGCCAGUCGAAUGAAGGGGCCUCGUCGAUUGUGUUGCACGACGUGAGGGAAAUCGAGACCUGGAUACUGAGAUUACUCUCGGCUCCCGUCCCAAUUCCCGGGAAAACGAAGGUGGAGGUCGACGUGUUGUCGCCGAGCGUAUACGAACCGCUGAUAUUCGCAUUACCUAGCCAUACUCGGUUCAGCCUUGUAGAUUUUCCAUUACAUUUGCCUUUAGAACUUUUAGGAGUGGAAACCUGUCUCAAAGUUCUAACAAUAAUACUGCUGGAGAACAAAGUUGUUUUCCAGUCGAGAGAUUACAAUGCUCUUUGUAUGUCUGUGAUGGCCUUCGUGACUAUGAUUUACCCUUUAGAAUACAUGUUUCCGGUGAUACCGUUGCUACCGACUUGCAUGAGCUGCGCCGAACAGCUUCUCCUUGCACCCACGCCGUACGUAAUCGGACUUCCAGCCAGUUUCUUGAUGUAUAAAAAGAACUUCAAGCUCCCGGACGACGUCUGGCUCGUCGAUCUAGACUCGAAUAAGCUUACCUCGUCGCAUGAAAUCCCCCCGCUGCCCGAACCCGAAGGCACCAUCUUGAAAAACCACCUCAAACAGGCAAUGCAACUUAUGGAUCAAGUUGGCACCGGAGCUUUGGGAAGUCUGUCGACUCCGAGUGCCUCCAGCAACCAAUUACAACCCUCGAGACGGGACAGCGUCUCGGGCCCCACACCCAACACUUUGAGUAUCUCGAGGCAGAAAUCUCCGGAACCGAGUCCCGCCCACUCCCCUAUUAUCUCCCCGAAGUUGUCCAUCACCCCACAAACACCGAUGCCUCCUCAAAGACCCGUGUCACCCACGCCACCCACCGGAUUCAACCCUUUCAUCUAUGGAAACGACGUGGAUUCGGUCGAUGUCGCCACGAGAGUGGCGAUGGUGAGGUUCUUCAACUCCCAGAACCUCCUGGCGAACUUUAGCGAACACACGAGAACUUUGAGGUUGUACCCGAGGCCUGUGGUGGCGUUCCAAAUUAAUAGUUUUCUGCGGUCGCGACCCCGAACCACCCAGUUUUUGAACCGGUUCGCCAGAACCCAAGCAGUGGAAUUUUUAGCAGAGUGGUCUCUAACUCCGACGAACGUCGCUUUUCAAAGGGUUCACACGGGAAUUCUAGACCCGGCCCAAAUCGGGGACAAACCUAAAUGGUAUUUACACACUUUAGAACCCAUCAAAUUUAGCGUCUGGGAUGACGGGAGCUCUCUCAAUGGGGCUUUGAGGAGUUUGCAGACCCAAGAAAACCAACCGACUGACGAAAGCGGCUCAGAUUCCGAAGGAGCCGAAAGUACAAGUUCAAGCUACUCCUCCUUGAGCGACUUUGUGUCUGAAAUGGUCUCUUCAGAUUUAUCCCCAGGUUGCUCUUCAUACCAAGACCAAAGAAAAGCGUCGGCUCAAAACAUGUCUUUGUCGUCGAAUCUUGACGUGGACACUGUGUAUAGACCACCCUCGGAGUUACAAUACCCUGAUGGCGAAAUCCCCGCUGAUCGCACAGAGUCGCCACAAUCAUCUUCCAGUAGCGAGUCAGACCUCAGCUCCCCUUCGUUCAACAGAGACUCAGAACUGGAAUUCGGUAACCGCCAAAAGACUGAACAAGUGCAUGAAAAGACUGAUAAAGAGGAGACCGAAAGCUUCGAGAACGAAUCCGACUCGAACUCCACCACGACGCCGAAGACCAUAAUGAGCUCCAACACGAUUAAACCCGAGUCCCCUAAUAGCACGAUCAGCGAAGAAAGGCCUACCACCCCGAGGAAGACACGUCAAGGACGGUCAAUCACCCCGGUACCACCUGUGACCCCCAUUCUUCAGAAGCAGCCCAGUAUCGGGAACGUACUAGCACGGACUUCAAGUUUUGGCUCAUCCGGAAGUGGUAGUCCGGUACCACCAUCAUCGGCAAGUAGUGGUAGCGGAGUUCAAAGACAAAGUUCUCAGGGAUCACUUUUUGAACAGUUUGCGUCUCAAGCUAAAGAAUUGAUGAAAGAAACAACGCGCCAGAGCAGCCAGGACGGGUUGUUGGCCCAAAUGGACAAGUUCAAGAUACAAGCCAAAGAAAAACUGACCGAAGCUGAAGAAAGCCACAUUUUUGCACCCUUCGACAAGUUGACGACGCAUGCGAAGAAAGCGGCUGAAGAAGCGUCGAAAAGUGUGCAGGAAGCAAGUAAGAGUGCGCUAGAAGCUAGUAAAACGGCUACGGCUGUUAGUAAAAAUACUCUUGAAGAUUUGACGUACGUGGGGAAAUCGACGCUUGGGGAUUUAACCAAGAGCGCGAAGGAAGUGGUGACGAAGAAAGGGUUGUUGAGGGCUGACUCUUUCUCAAAAGGAUCUGAAUCGCGCAGAGAGUCAACGAGUAGCUCUACGUCUUUAGUAGCCACUUCUAGUGUGAUAUCUGGGGCCAGUCGCGACUUCUUUUCUAACAUUAGCUCAGAUUUGAACGGAAUUGCCGCUAGUACUACUAGCAUGUUCUCGGAUUUGUUUGGAAGCAAAAAGGAACACCCGAAAACCGGUGAAAGUCCGCAUGUUCCGCAAAAACCCAAAGACACGAAGAGUGGUAUGUUUGGACCCUUCCCCCGAGGUCCCAGAGGUUUGGUCGAAAAGAGCCCCCUCAUAAAACACGCCCCGAGGAGACAAGAUGACAUUCAAAGAAAGCAAUCGGUUGACAGAUCGGCCACCAAUAGCGAAAAUCAGGCGUUUUUGAAGGACGUGGUCAAUCAAGUCUUGGAAGGGGAAGGCGUCGGUUGGCUCAAACUCAAUAGGUUGAAGAAGCUAAUGGAAGACGAAUCCUAUCGGAAUUUCGUCUUAAGCAAGCUUAAUAAAACUCUGGAUAAGAAAAUAGCCCCAGAUGACCACAUCGACGACGUUUGCGUACCCAAACCCGUUUGGAAGGGAAUGUUGAAGGUGCUCCAAGCCGUGGUUCACGGUUUGGAGGUGACUUAUAGUAACUACGGCCUCGGAGGGAUGGCGUCUGCUUUCCAGCUACACGAAAUUGCUCACACUCAUUACUGGACUAAAGAACUGAUCGAAGGUUCCACCGAUUUUACUCAAAGCUCUAGUCCUCGCUCUCCUCAAAGCCCCCGCUCUUCUCUCCAACUCGAGUGGGACGCUUCUCGCAAAUCCUCCCAAGCCGAAGCCCCUGAAGUCCGUUUGAUCCAAGGCGACGAAUCCGAAGCCGACGGCCAACAGUCCACCGCGGACAUGUUCAAAGACAUGCUCACCCAAAAGAAAAACAUGCUUUUGUCCAAACUUACCUCGUUCGACUCCGAUGCUGAAGGGACAAUACAAGGGUCCGGGGGUACCAUUUCUCCUUCCGGAGGUUCGAUAACCACUGGUCCCGCUUGCGGUUUGAAUAGAGGUGGAGGUCAGUCUUCGUUCAGAUCGACGGUGUCCGAUACGGAGGUCGAAACCUUGCAGUUCCCUAAACUACCCAAGCAACGAACGGCGAGCGUGUGGUCGAGUAAGUCGUCGUUGAGCACCGGGUUCAGGUACCACGGAGGCCACAUGGUGAACACCGUGACGUCGCCGUCGCCGGACGCCGUCAGGACCUACCUCUUCGAGGGUUUGUUAGGGAAGGACCGGUCGUCGCUUUGGGACCAGAUGCAGUUCUGGGAGGACGCGUUCCUGGAUGCGGUGUCGCAAGAACGGGAUAUGAUAGGGAUGGACCAGGGUCCUCGCGAGAUGAUGGAGCGCUACAAAGCUCUGAGCGACACCGAACGCAAGCGGCUCGAACACGAAGAGGACAAACUCUUGGCGACCAUGUUGUAUAACCUGACCGCGAUUCUGGUGAUGCUCAACUGUAACAAAGCCGAAGUGAAACGGAAGAUCAGGCGUCUGCUCGGUAAAAGCCAUAUCGGUUUGGUGUAUAGCCAAGAGGUGAACUCUUUACUGGACCAAAUCAAUAACUUGCACGGUAACGAUAUUGAUUUAAAACCUUUGGGAUCCCGGCUUUUACACCGUCAGAGUUUUACUGUCCAUCAAGGAGUUGAUGGCGGAGGAGAAUUACGGUUUAUGGAAGUUCGUGAUGAUGGCCUGGUAUUGCGAUCGGUAUCCGGGGUCAUAGUGGAGCGGUGGUGGUUCGAGCGAUUGGUAAACAUGACAUAUAGCCCGAAAAAUAAAGUGUUGUGUUUGUGGAGGAGGAACGGACAGCAGACCCAACUUCAUAAAUACUACACGAAGAAGUGCAAACAACUUUAUUAUUGCAUCAAGGAGGCGAUGGAGCGGGGAGGAGUGGCAGGGACUGCCCCCGAGUUAGGAGGCGAGUUUCCGAUUCAAGAUAUGAGCACCGGCGAGGGGGGGUUGUUACAGGUUUGCAUGGAAGGGGUGGGAUUGCUCUUCGCCAACAGCAAGUUUUUCGUACGGAUAGAUCACAUCAGGAAGUGCUUCACGCAGAAGGGCGGAAUCUUCGUCAUCGAGGAGUUCAAUCCCAAAACGCGCCAAGUCAUCCAGCGAAAGUACAAGUCUCCAAUGGCCGACCAGAUCUGCUACUCCGUGCUGUGCGUCUUCUCGUACGUGGCCGCCGGCUCCGAGCGGCGCGCCGCCGCCUCCAAGGCCGCCACCCCGCGCGCGUCGCUCGCGCCCCUCAGCUGCAUGCGCGCCCCCGCCUCGCCGCAGGAGCCCGAGGCGCGCCUCGAGCCGCCCAGCCCCGAGCCGGGCAGCGUCACCCCCACGGGCGGGCCGCCGACGUACCCGCCGCCCGCGCUGCCGCCCGGCGUGCCGCCGCCCGCGCCGCCGCCGGGCCUCCGCGGCUUCGCGGUGCCGGCGCAGCUGCCGGCGCGCCCGCCCCCGGUGCCCAGCCGCAGCCUGCUCCCGAGGCAGCCGUCGUCGCCGCAGCCGCCGCCCCGCCCGAAGUGACGCCAUGGGAGGUACUCCCUGCCCUUCAUCUACGGGGAGGAGGCCUGCAUCCUGCCCUCGUGCCUGCCCUGGGCCUAGCCAUAUCAGCGUUUU